GAGUAGCUUGAGUAGGUAGAACCAAUAAAGUGUGCAUCCCAAACUGACCCGGGAUUUAUAGCUUACCUAUGUUAUUACUAAUACUAGCUAGACAAAAGAUCUAUUCCAAUAAUGUCUCUGUGUAAAAUGACUCCAUGUACCUUGUAUUCAUUCAGAGUCCUUCACUUUUCUUAGCAUUUCACCAUUACACUAUCUCAUCAUUCAAAAGAUUCUCAAACCAUAACCACAUACUGAUCUUCACAUUCACAGUCCCUCACCUUCCCACUCACUUCCAGCCCAUCCACAAAUCUUCCUCUCCCUCACCUUCAUCUUAAUCUUCAUCUUCAUAAUCACCAAACCACCACGAACAAAGUCACACCACAUCACAGCACAACACGUUUCACUUCCAUGAACCAACCACAUUUCCCUGUCGGCCAAGAUGCACAAUUCACUUUCCACUUUAUAUCCCUUCACACUAUCCAGAUCAUCCAAAUCCUCCAAACCCUCCAAAGUUUCCUAAACAUCAAAGUCCCAUUACAAAUUCCCACCCAAACCAAUAAACCAAACCCAACCAAGCUAAUAAACCAAAACCCCAACAACCGUCUCUCCUACCCUCUACAACUCCCAAAACUACCCAGAUCCAACAUCCCUAAUAACCACCCAAUAGCGAAUCAGUCAAUCAAUCAAUCACUCACCAUUUCCCAAAUCCCAUCUAAAUGAGAAUUCCACCCUAACAACCCAGCCCAGCCCAAUUCAAUUCAAUUCAAUUCAAUUCAACACAAUUAAUUCACCCCUUUUCCACUCUCGCUUCGAGAUCCCCAAACCAAAAAAAAAGAAAAAAAAAAAAGGAAAAUUAACAAUUAUUCAAACCUAGAUAUUACAAUAAUGACCACAAUGACAAUUCCAGACAUUCAUAGCAAUAUUAAGCAUAUAAACUAUAAAUCCAAGAAGAAAACGAUGAACUUGCCUCUACCACUAUACUGCAGAAAGCAUUUGAUCGAUCAAAGAGACGUUUUGGUAUUUUUUCAAAGACUUUAGAUUGAUCAUUAAGAACAUUUUUUUUUCAGAUACUGAUUGGAUUGGAUUGGAUUGGAUUGUGAUUGUGAAUGCCAGAUCUGCCUAUUUUUCUAGACAAUUCAUUGUUUUGAGAGAAUAAAAGUGUUGAAGAAGAAAUACAAGUACUGUAUUCUACUUAGAUACGGUGCAAUAUCUCUUAAAGAAGAAGCUCAAGCAGCAAGCACCUUCAAACAAGCACACCACCCUCUCAAAGCUCCUACGCGGUACAACUGUGCGAUCUUUCGAGCUUUAUAGCAUAUUGUCGAUCGUAAAAGUAGCCAUGUUUCGCAAUUAUCGCAGCAAGUUCAUGGAGGAAAGUGAGAGAUUGGCCGAAUCCAAAUCGGCAGCGGGGAAAGAAUCUCUAGACGCUCCUAGAGAUAUCUCUAGAAAAACGGCAACAGCAAGUCGAAGAUCCAGACGAAUGCCCAGCAUGGAGAAGAUGGAGGUACCUGUUGAUUUUCUUCGAUCGCCAGAACCAGAAUCGCGACGUGAACCACGCACUCGACGUACAUCACGAGAGCCCCUACGAGAACCACGACGAAUUUCCAGCAGAGAUCAGAUGCAAGAUUUCGGUAUACUUCCUCCCAGAUUAGAAAGACACAAAUCGAGCCAAAGAUCGAGACGAGCUCCAAGUAUGGAGCGAAUGCAAGUCUCGGUUCUUUCUUCUGAUUCUCCAAGACGAGUCUUGAGACCCGUACCAAGACCAGUGUAUCCCAUCGCUGCUUCUUCCAACCCGGUCAAUCUAUCUACCUCAAGCCCAUCUAGUUCGAUGAGAAUGUCAGCCGAUGAUCUAGAAGGUAGCGAAUACCUCGAACCAACAUUGGCGGAAAGUACUUUUGCACGACAGAGUGUUUCUAGCACCGCUCCCAAUCCUGAUUAUGGCACUGUAAGCGCGUCGUUGAAGCCGUGGAGAAAUGCCGCGAAAUAUAUGGAAUGGGGAAACGUUGCACAAUAUAUGGGCUUGAAAGGCGGACGCAGUGGAGCGGAGAACAAGAAGUCUGUAACGAAACAACCUCGUCCGAAUCGUACACCCGGUUAUACACCACAGCAUUUCGAGAGUGAUGGGUUCGCAUUCCAACGUCCGUUGACAGCCACGGAACAAGAGUUGCGAGAGCGUAUCGCAAGAGAGGCUAGGGAGAAGGAGGAGAGGGAGAGACGCGAGACCGAGGCUGAGGAUGCCGUGAUGGAUACUAUACAGUUUGGACCAUCAAUUCCACCUUAUAUUCCGAAGUAUCAAUCUUCCUUUGUCAACCGCAAGGGAUUCUCUUCUCCUAGUGGAAGUGGAAGAUUCUCAGCUAGGGGAGAGAACUCGCGGAGAAUGAACAAGGACGAAGAGAGUAAUUUAUAGUUUUGGGAAGAAUUCAGCAAAGGUUACUGAAUUAUGGAUUAUCACA